AUGUCGGAUUCAACCAAGCAGAAGACAUAUUUCGAGAACAUGUCGCGAGCUUACGCUCGUAACUGUGUCGGAGCCACGUAUGUCAUGACGAAAGACAUCCAUAAUAUCCCCACGGAUGGUAUCUGGAGUAGAGUGGAGCAGCCAGAACUCCAGAAGGACGGAGGAGCAGCAGAAUCGAUCACUGCUGUCAGGGUGGGGACGUACAAGAUGAGAGACAAAGAACACGAAAGCAGUGCGAUGCUAUCCCAGAUACUUAUGGCCAGCGGUGCGGGAAUGUCUCGGGAGAGCGACAACCCACAGCGACUCGCGUACCACAGCGACAUCACUAAACACCAAUCGGGCCUAGUUGUGCGAGUGUUGUCCGCAUGA